UGUCGAGUGGCAAUGCGUCCAGCGUAUCCAGUGUGUAUGGCAGGUGUCUCGUCCGUCUCAGUAGUAUGCAACCGUAAUAAUGGUCAUGGAUUAAUUCGCCGUGUACCGAUAUGUAGAUUGAAGAUGCGAAAGGAAAACUUUGAAUAGUAGGCCGGGUGAUUUUAUGAUUAGCUGUUGUAUUUGCGGAGAUAUUAAUUUGCUCCCUAGUCAAAGUUGCCAUGCUUGGGCAAUUUAGGAAGGAAUAUGUGGCUUUAAAUUUGCCUAAUACAAUUGUGGAUGCAAAUAGUAAUCGAGGAUGGUCAAAGAGAAGUUUAUGGCGGUGGUGGAACCAACUGUCAAGAUUUCAGCGGAGUGUAGUCUACAUACUUAUAUUAGCAGCAUGUUUUGCAGCAUUGUACUUCCUUCCUGCGACUCAUCCCAGUUGGAAUCCAAGCAAUGGCAAAUUAAAUAUAGCCUUAGAUAGAAACCACGUAACACCUCCACUCUCAUUACUUUCUCCUAAAAAGGCACAACCUCCUGAUAAUUCAUUGGAUAAAGAGCAGCCUGCGAAGGAGGCCCAUAUAAAUAAUAAUACUCAGAAGAAGCAGCCCAUGCUAGAUAAAGAAGAUUUAGUCUUAAGUGGCGAAACAGCAAAUAAUAAUAAUGUGGGUCAGGUUCAUUCUCCACCAAGGGAUGGAGUGAAAUUUUCAGGCUCUACGAAUGAAAGACAGGCUGCAGUUGUGGCAGCUUUUAGGCAUGCCUGGAAGGGUUACAAGAAAUAUGCUUGGGGACAUGAUCAUUUGAAACCUAUUACUGGCACUUUUCAUGAUUGGUUCAAUCUUGGACUCACUAUUGUAGAUGCUCUUGAUACUAUUUACAUAAUGGGACUUAAAGAAGAGUUUGCAGAAGCAAGAGAGUGGGUUGCUAAUAGUCUCCACUUUGAUGGGAAUCGAGAUGUGAAUCUGUUUGAAGUAACGAUCCGAGUACUGGGCAGUUUAUUGAGUUCAUAUCACCUUUCGGGAGACAGAAUGUUUCUUGACAAAGCAGUAGAUUUGGGAACACGGUUGCUUCCCUGUUUUGAUUCUGAUUCUGGAGUACCAUAUUCUGAUGUAAACCUUGCUACUCGUAAAGCCCACUCACCAAAGUGGAGUCCAGAUAGCAGCACAUCAGAGGUCACAACAAUCCAGUUAGAGUUUCGUGAUCUCAGUCGUUGCACAGGAGAUCCAAAGUUUGAAGAUUCAGCAGCCAAAGUAUCAUUACAUGUCCAUGGACUGGAAAAGUCUGAAGGUCUUGUUCCCAUUUUCAUCAAUGCCAACACAGGGCAUUUCCGCUCUUAUUCAACAAUUACUCUGGGUGCCCGAGGUGACAGUUACUAUGAAUAUCUAUUAAAGCAGUGGAUACAGACUGGACAAACCAUAGAUUAUUUAAGAGAUGACUUCGUAGAAGCUAUCUCAGGAGUUAUGAAACAUCUAACAAGAAGAACAGCUCAGAAUAAAUAUUUAUUUAUUGGAGAACUUCUGGCUGGAGGAAGGGACUUCAAACCAAAAAUGGAUCAUUUAACUUGUUACUUACCUGGUACUCUUGCACUGGGGGUGCACAAUGGCUUGCCACAAGAACACAUGCAACUUGCUGAAGAACUUAUGACCACAUGUUACCAGAUGUAUGCUCAACAGCCAACAUUUCUAGCACCAGAGAUUACAUACUUCAAUAUCCAGGAAAGAACAACUGGUGAUAUGUCUGUUAAAACUAAUGAUGCUCAUAACCUACUGAGACCUGAAUUUGUUGAAAGUCUGUGGUAUAUGUACCAAAUCACUGGGAACAAAACAUACCAAGACUGGGGAUGGCAGAUCUUCCAGGCAUUUGAGAAGUAUGCAAAAGUUGUGAAUGGUUAUACAUCUAUUGGCAAUGUUCGUAAUCCUGUAAACACCCGUCCACGGGACAUGAUGGAAUCUUUCUUCUUGAGCGAAACACUCAAGUACUUGUACCUGUUGUUCAGUGAUGAUCCACACAUACUCAGCCUUGAUAAAUAUGUACUCAAUUCAGAAGCUCAUCCGCUUCCUAUAUAUGAUACUUGAUUCUAGGUUGGUUUAGAAUUGUGUCAAAGGUAAGCCACCCACUUUAUUAAUUUUAAUAUUUGUAAUGUUUGAGCAAUAUUAAUUGAACUUAAGUCAUGCCAAAAGAACUGACAGUGAUAUAUUGAAAGACUCUUUGAUAUACAUUUUUAUAUUUAUAAUCAGAAUAAAAUAUAUUGUGAUACAGUUGUCAUCGCUUUCUGAAAAAAAAUAAAAAGUAAGAUUGCAGGCUGUAAAUAUGUAAAGGAAAGGGUAACUUGGAAUUGUGUUAAGUUCUGAAGUUAGUUCAGUACAAAGGCUAUGGACUUAUGUCCUCUAGUGUUAUCUCUGGGAAUGCAAUUGAGUCAAGAUCACAAAGCAUCUCCUAUGGAUGAGUCAUGUAUACCAUAUAUUGAUUGGUUAUAAUGGCAUAUGAAAGUCACAAACUUCUCAUUUUAAGUGGUAGAAUGUCCAGUGGUAUAAACUGCUUUAAGAAUGCCACAAAGCACUGUUCAUCUGCAUUUUGGUUGAGAGGUAAGGGCAACUGUGAUACAUAAAUUAUACAAAUUAUAUAUAUAUAUAUAGUUUUAGUUCUGAGUCUUAUUAUAUUGAGAAAAUCAUGAGUUGAUUCUUCUCUGCAGUUUCUGUUUUCAGUUGCUUCUAUCUGUUGCACAGAUUACCAUUAAUUUUCUUCACAAGACUGAUGAGUGUAUAGUCUAGUUCUAAGUUACAAAAGCGUGUACCCGCCCAAGAUGGUAUUACAGAAGCAGUAUUUCACAAAUUCCUGCCUCAUUACAUGGACCAAGAUCAAAGUUCGCUUGAAUAUUUGGAAGUUUUGCAUCUGUAAUUUUAUUUUGUUCUUUAAUACAUGUGUGUAAUAUUUAUUGAAAUGUCAUGUGUGUCUUGCCCUAUUUAACUUGUCUCUAAGCACUGACACACAUCAGAAAUCAUCAAGAUUGUCAUUUUAGAAUGUAUACAUUAUUAAAAUAUUUUAGAGACUGAUUAUAACAUAGGCUUUGACAAACAUUAUCAUCAUCAUCUGUUCAGUGACUGAAUACAUAUUCUGAAAUAUGAAAUUUGAGGUUUUCAUGCUAGUGAAAAUUUGAGACUGUGUUCUGAGUUAUAAUGCACUGUAGUCAUGCAAGUGGUUACUAGUGUUUUGGAGGAACCAACUGUCUCAAUCUUCAAAGCAGGAAAAUGGAGGUAACCACCCACAGGAGUACACAGCAUCAUAACCUAGAGAAACAGCCUUGAUGAACUUGAGGUUUGCUACCUCUACUCUUAAUUCUGCUUUAAUUUUCUUUUAAUCUUUCCUCCAGACGUUUUAUAAUCUUUGAUCAAGAUGAUGGUAAAUAUUGAUGGGAGUGUUUUAAGAAUGUAAUUAUAUUUGUGGCGUCUAAAGUAAGAAUCAUAACAUGUUUAUAAACAAGAACAGAGAAUUAGUUUUAUUGCUACCUUUCCCAAAUACAACUUGAUCCUUAUAUGUAUAUAAAGAUAUCACAGAUCUUACAUUAACAAGAGUAUUUCUGUUAAGUGCACAUUUUAAUUUCUGUAUAUUGAAUCAAUAGUAAUAGUGAUAGAGAAUUUGUAUGCAUGUAUGUAUGGGUGAGAGAAGGAUAAGGUAGUGUAUUCCUUCAAAUUGGUGAAAUAUAUGCAGUUUUCCUUUUGUUUUACA